GUCAAACGAACGAACGAACAUAAGAGGAACAACUAUGUAGCAAGGAUUCCUCCGCUUCCACAGUCUCAAUGUAACGGGCAUCGAGUGCAGUUGAGUUCAGUUACACUUUCACGCACUCUAGAGUUUGAUAGGCUUAGAUUUGUUUAAAAACUUUUCCCCCGACGCUGUGAAACAAUAUGACGGCAGUUCAUCGGUUGGUCGUUUUCGGUUGGGCGUGUACCGUCCAUGGACUCGUGAUGCGCGGCUUGGAGGGCCCGUCCCAGUCCGUCACCCGCGGCACGGACAUCAUUUUACAUUGCCGCUACGAUUUGGAAGCGGGAGACCGUCUCUAUGCCGUCAAGUGGUUCCACGGCACCAGGGAAUUUUACCGCUUUCAACCAGAGCUGCAACCUCCAUCACGAUCUUUCCCCAUUGAAGACGUCUACGUCGAUGUCGAGUCUUCCAAUGCAGAGAAACUUGUCAUCCGCCAUGUUGUCCCCGGGACGUCAGGCGUCUACCGUUGCGAGGUGUCAGCUGAGGAGACCUUCGAAACCGACUACCGGGAGAUGAACAUCACGAUAGAAGACGCACCGUUGGGCGAUCCAGUCAUCUACAACAUCCAAUCACGAUACGCUAUUGGCGCUGAAUUACGAAUUAACUGCACAUCGUUCGACUACCGGCCGGCAGCCCGUCUUCAUUGGAUAAUCAACGGGAAAGCGAAAGAGGAUAAUGACCCGGAGGUGACGCAUUACCCAACGCGUUGGCGUUCGUCGUCUGUCGAGACGGAAUCGGGCGGGGCCAGCAGCGUGAACGGGAGCAGCGCGGUGACGAUGGUAUUCGAGGCUUCGACGACAGUGGGAUUACACAUCAAGAGAUUGACUCGCGAGCACUUUGGUAGCGGGCAGCAACUGACGGUUGUGUGCACGGCCUCGUCAAUCGGCUCGUCUCACCAGCGCUCCAGCAGCGCCGUUAAAGCCGUUCUGGAUGAUGGAAUAAGUAGCAGACAAGAGCAGCAGCAAACAGAGCCGCUCGUCAAUCCUUUGAGGCCGUCAACGGCAGUCCCGACUCCUGCGGCUGGCGAUAAGCGCCGAUCUCCUCAAACCUCGACAGGUGGACCCGCUCAACUUUUACCAACAAAUCCAAUUGCCAUCAUCUCGGCGACCAUGGCGAUGCUGGCGGCUUUGUCUCGAUGAUAACAAGUGUCGCAUACAAAUACGAUGGGAUGAAAAGAUGGACGGAAUGAGCAACUACACCGGAAGAAACGACUGGCCGAAGGGGGGAGGAGGCGGGAAGUGCUGGCGGGUAUAGUACCCAGCACUGGAUUCAAUCUUCAUUAGGAUGUUCAAUCAACCGAGCAAAGGAAAACGUUGGCGCAGUGCAAGACAGAAAAGAAAAAAGGAAGAAGGCGACGAUGGGCUGGUGGUGUUGCUCGAGACGUUGAUGGAUUUGCUUUUGGGCUAUACGCUGAAUAGUGUUACUCACAGACGCAUGCGACACAAAAUAGUUAAAGACACUGUGUGUACUUAAACUGGAUGGCAGUUUAGCAAAGAAAACCCUGCUGUACAAUAAACCCUACGCUGAACCACU